AGCAUGGAGCGAAGGAACCACAGCGGGCGAGUGAGUGAAUUUGUUUUGCUAGGUUUCCCAGCUCCUGCACCAAUGCGAGCACUGCUAUUUUUCCUUUCUCUGCUGGCCUAUGUGUUGGUGCUGACUGAAAAUGCUCUCAUCAUUACAGCAAUUAGGACCCACCCCACCCUCCACAAACCCAUGUAUUUUUUCUUGGCUAAUAUGUCAUUCCUGGAGAUUUGGUAUGUCACUGUUACAAUUCCUAAGAUGCUUGCUGGCUUUCUUGGAUCCAAACAGAACCACGGACAGCUGAUCUCCUUUGAAGGCUGCAUGACACAGCUCUACUUUUUCCUUGGCUUGGGUUGCACCGAGUGUGUCCUUCUUGCUGUGAUGGCCUAUGACCGCUACGUGGCUAUCUGUCACCCUCUCCACUACCCUGUCAUUGUCAGCAGCCGGCUGUGUGUGCAGAUGGCAGUUGGGUCCUGGGCUGGAGGUUUUGGCAUCUCCAUGGUUAAAGUUUUCCUCAUUUCCCGCCUGUCUUACUGUGGCCCCAACACCAUCAACCACUUUUUCUGUGACGUUUCACCAUUGCUCAACCUCUCAUGCACCGACAUGUCAACAGCAGAGCUCACAGACUUCAUCCUAGCCAUUUUUAUUCUGCUGGGGCCUCUCUCUGUCACCGGGGCCUCCUACAUGGCCAUCACGGGCGCUGUGAUGCGCAUCCCCUCAGCUGCUGGCCGCCAUAAAGCUUUUUCUACCUGUGCCUCCCACCUCACUGUUGUGAUCAUCUUUUAUGCAGCCAGUAUCUUCAUCUAUGCCAGGCCUAAGGCACUCUCAGCUUUUGAUACCAACAAGCUAGUCUCUGUACUCUACGCUGUCAUUGUACCAUUGCUUAAUCCCAUCAUUUACUGCUUGCGCAACCAAGAGGUCAAAAGAGCUCUACGCCGCACUCUGCACUUGUAUCAGGGCCAGGAUGCUGAUGCUAAGAAAUCUGGCAGAGAUGGUUAG